AAUUUUCUCUUUGGAAUCCUCCUGAACUUUGUUCUGAUGUGCAACCUUUAAACUUACAUCUUCCCUUCAAAUUCUUCUCAAGCACCCAUUGUUGAGUACAAGUUUCAAAUCUCUCUCUCUCUCUCUCUCUCUCUCUGAUAGAUCCGUGCAAACGUGUCACCGUUUGAUUGGUGAUUCAGCUUCCAAAUUGAGCUUCCAAAUUUGAUCUCUUCACCCCUGAGGCCUAUCCAGAGGCCAGCCAUGGACACUGCAUUGGCAGCAGCAACCACCAUGACCAUGCUUAGCCCAGCAACUUGCUCCGCACAAAGACUACCCAAUUCAACUUCCAUAGCCUCACCAUGGCCAGUCACCAGACCAAACCUGCUCGAUCUCUCUGCUUCCAACACCUUCCUAAAUUCCCCCAAAAUUUCAAACCCUAACCCUAGAAACAGGGCAACUGCCCUCUUCCUCACUCAUUGCUCCACCAAACCAAACACAGACGAAGACAACACAACAGACAGUAAAGGUUUGGAUGCAGCCCUCGAAACCAGACCAAAUUUCCAAGAAUCCACAAAACCCAGCUCAAAUCAGCCCACUUCUUCUUCGAAUUUGUCGAUUUCCAGAGGCCUGGUGCUUGAUAUGGGGCCCAAGAAUUCCUGGGAUAGCCGUGAAAUUGGCUCUCCAGUUGUGAAGAGAUUCAUGGGCGAUGAGGAGGAGAGGUGGUACAUGUGGUACCAUGGCAGAUCGGGUGGGAAUUCGGAUUCCAUUGGCUUGGCUGUUUCUAGCAAUGGCAUUCACUGGGAGAGAGGUGGCGGGCGAGUUAGGUCAAGUGACGAUGUGGGGUUGGUGAUGAAUUGCAGUAAGGAUUGGUGGGCGUUUGAUACAGAGAGCAUUAGGCCUAAUUCCGUUGUGAUCAUGUCUAGUUCAAAGGUUAGAGCCAACAAUCCUGUGUAUUGGCUUUACUAUACCGGUUUCACCUCUGAGAAGGUUGAGUUUUGGGAGAAUUCUGUGGAAUUCACAUUGCAGAACCCGGAAAGGGCUCGAAUUCCUGGUGAUGAACAUGGCAGGAAUGGAAACAGUAGAGUCUUCAAGUCAUUGCCUGGUUUGGCUAUGAGUCAAGAUGGGAGGCAUUGGGCUAGAAUUGAGGGGGAGCAUCACACGGGGGCUUUGUUUGAUGUGGGGUUGAAUGGUGAGUGGGAUUCCAUGUUCAUUGCCUCACCACAGGUUGUUUUUCAUGGUAGCGGUGAUCUUAGGAUGUACUAUCAUUCAUUUGAUCUGGAAAAUGGGGUAUUUGCCAUUGGCAUUGCAAGGUCAAGAGAUGGGAUUAAAUGGUUGAAGUUGGGGAAGAUAAUUGGGGGAGGAGGAAAUGGUGCUUUCGAUGAACUUGGGGCGACGAAUCCCCAUGUCGUGAGGAACCCAAGAGAUGGGAAAUACUUAAUGGUCUUUGAAGGUGUGGCUGCAGAUGAGGAGAGGAGUAUUGGGUUGGCAGUGUCGAACGAUGGCUUGAAGAAUUGGCAGAGAGUUCAGGGCGAGCCGGUUUUGAAGCCAUCCGAAGAAGAUGGAUGGGAUAAUGAAGGUGUGGGAUCUCCUUGUCUGGUUCAAAUGGAUGGGGAAGAAGAUGAAUGGAGGUUGUAUUACAGAGGAGUUGGGAAUGGGGGGCAGAUGGGAAUUGGCAUGGCAGUUUCUCAAGGAAGUGAGAUUAGAAGCUUCAGAAGAUGGACAGGAUUUCGCCUUUAGGACAUGCUGUAGAUAUAGCAAGGCUUCUUGUUGUCAAUUCAAGUUGAUUUGGUAAUGAAAUUAUUCUUGCUCUCGUGGGUGAUAACAAAUACUUGAGACUUUACUGCCUAACGGCACUUGUUUCACUUCAUGGGUAAUUAUGUCUUUUGUCUUAUUUUGCUUUCAUUUGCUUCCUUGAAGAUUUUUCAUCUGUCAAAUGACCUAAGAAUUCUAUUCAUAACCAUGAAUUUUUAUUUUGUAUGUUUCUCUUUUACCAUCAUUGGAGUUGAAGAUAAAGGCCAUGGAAACUGGUAAGUGGUAACCAUACUAAUUUAUUCUUGUUUCCUACUCAAUGAAAAGAUGAGGUUGAACUUGGUUUGAUGAUGUUAUUUUAUUACUUGAUGUUGUCUAAAUCUUUUUAUCUGUUUUUUGCGUAAUUUCUCUCAAUUGGAUUCUCUCUUUAAUUUGUCUAUAUUUUGAUCCCUGAUCCCCACAAACGCAUAACAUUAGGUUUGUUCUCAUUUGCUUUGAUCUCAGCCUUGGGGCAUUUGAUUGCUCAUUUUCGUUUUCAAAAGAUUUUGAAAACUUUUCAUUUUAUGUAGAAUCAAAUCAAUACAUGCUCUAUGACAUACUCUCCUAUCAAGGGAUGCAGAGUCCUCAUAUGUUGACUGAGUUGACCCACAAAGACAACAUGACAAAACAACUGUUAUCAAUAAAAUUGUCUAUUAAAGUUUUGUGUAAAAUUUUUUACAUAUUUUCCUCAAAAGUUGUAGUCAAAGAAUUCAAUGUGUGUGUGUGUAUAUAUAUUAUAAUAGUUUUGCUUAGUAGAAUUUUUUCCCAAAAUUUUCUUGUACAAAAGCUUAUAGAACUUUGUUAAAUCUUGAAUACAUAAAAUUUGUUACACAAAAAUAUAAUUUUUUUUUUUUUUUUUAUAUAGAACAAAAUUCAGUAUAAUUUUCUUAUACAGCUUUAUAAGAUGGGAUAGAUUUGGGCCAUUUGGCUGUAGCAUUCUUAAGAGGACAUUCUAAUAUUUUUAACCAAAACGAAACAUUUAUUGUUUUUAAAUAAACUAAAAUAUUUUAUAUAACAGAGAAAAAUAUGAUUUAAUGUAAUGAAACCCAUAUUGAUUCACAUUGUUAACAAUAAGAAAAAAGUUGAAAUUUCAUAAUCUUUGAAAAACAUAAAUUGUUACCUUCUGAGUCCUAAUAGCACAGGUAUUUGCUUAUUUGAUUAUCCUGUUUAUAGAGAUACUACUAUAAUACUGCAUAUUAAUAAUUAUAUAGUAUUCUUUUUUUUAGCAAAGCUAUUAUAGUAUUCUUGUUAUAUAAUUAAAUACUACUAAUAAAAUAUUAAUGAUAUUGCUAAUGUUAAUAAUAUAUUAGCUAUAAAUCUCAACUCUUUUAUUUAGUUGUAGCAAAUGACAGGGAGGAAAACAAAAAUAAGAGCUAAUUGGUGAAGAUGGCAUACACAAGGGACUAAAACAGCGUGAUGAACACUGAAUCUCUGAGCAGAGACAACAUAAUUGUUUCAAUGAAGCUCUGCUCAGAACAACCAAAAUCAAGACUUCAAAACAUUAUUUUCAUCAUUCUUAGUGGCACUUCUUCCACUAGGAUGGUGCCUAAAGAUCCAUCUCCAAACCUUGUGGCCUUUCUUGUCCCUCUUGAUUCCUCUUUCAUUCACAGUGAUACGACAAGAACCCCCUUUUCUGAACAUGGCAUCCCCCAUGGGACUCCCAUUAGAACCUCUAGAUUCAUGGUUUCCCAGAAAACUCCCACUUUUCAAGCUACCCACUUCUGGGACUGGAACUGGGUGAUCAGUGGAUUUCAGAACAGAAACGUCUGGUUUUGACUCUGAUGAUAAAUCCAGUUUCAAGUCAAUGAAGCCUGAUUCAUCCAUCCUGCUGAAGUCACUUUCUUUAACUGGGAAAACACCCCUGUCUCUGGGAUAGAAAGCCGUUUCAGGAUCAGCUUUAAAUCCACUUUUUCUGGGUUCUGAUUCACUGAAGCCACUUACUCUGGCGGAAUCUGAACUUUCUUUCACUGGAAAAACAGUCCUAUCUCUAGCAUACAAACCAGUUUCAGGCUCCAGAAGACCGCCCUUUUCGGCUCUGAAUCCACUCUUUCUUGGCUCUGUUUCACUGAAGCCACUUACUCUGGCAGAAUCAAACAGAGGGCCUCCAUUAACAUCAGAAACUUUAGCACUUGAAAAUGCAAAAUCACUGCUAUCUUCUGGGUCAUGAAAGCUUCCACCCCUGAAGCUGCAGAGAGACCUGGAUCUUGACACGCCACCCAUGUAAUCAAAAACCCACAUCUCACAUUUGUCAUCCAUCGCUCCAACACUUGUUCUCUCACAACCCUUUUCUCUCUUCUUCCUAAACAGCCUCACAAUCCUCCAUAGCCCACUCCUCUUGACACCUGCAAUACAGCUGCUGCUGCUCCUCUUUAGCAGCACAAAAUCUUCAGAUCCCUCCCCAUUUCUCGGCUUUGAACUGGGCUGCUGAUGCUGAUGAUGCUGCUUGGUUUGAUCACUUCUUUCAUUUUCUAUGAGGAAUGACAUUCUCCCAACACUUCCAAUCUCAGCAGCAGAGGAGUUUCUAUAGGAAGAGACCUCAGAGCAAGAGCAAGAAGAGAGGCGCUGCUCUCCACAAUCUGAGCAAACAAGCUUCACCAGCCUGUCUUUGAGGCAGUAAGCACAGAUCCCUACAGAUGAAGAAGAUGGGUGCUUCUUGCAUGGAAAUUCUGAUGCUGCAGAGUAAUUGUAGUCUGAGAAGUUGCUGCUGGCGCUGUAUGUUUCCACAGCCUUGCCUCUCUCCCUCAUUGCUCUCUAGCUAUGGAAGCUUUCCUACCUUCAGAAAGCCUGAAUCUUGGAUGGACCGGGCGAUCUCAACAAGUCCUGCUGCUCUGGAAUUUAUGGCAAGAUGAGAAGUGGGUGGUAGGAAAGUGUUGAUGCAACUUGGGAAUAGGGUCGGAAAUGGCCUUUCAGCAGAUCAAAUCAAGUGUUCUGUCAAACUUUUCUAGGGAACAGUGUCAUUGCAAGGGAAAGGUGAUGGCAAAAUGUACAGAACAAUUCACAUUGGCAUUUCCACAAACAAGAAGUGGGCAAGCAAAAGUAAAUGCAGUAUUUAAAACAGAGGAGAACGAAGCAAAGCAAGGUACAUUCAAUUUCAAUGGCACUGUUGCUAUCAUGCAACAAGACACACCACAGUAUCCUGCAACCACCCAAAAAAGUCUCCCCAUCAGUCGGUGGCAUCCCCAUCAAUCCAUCAAUCUGUCUGUCCCAUAAACUCCUUUUCAAGAUCUCCUUUGUCCCUCCCCUCCCCUCUCUUGACGCUAAUCCAAUCUAAUCUAAUCUAAUCUAAUCUAAUCCCCCUUUCUUUCUUUCUUCCUUUUUCCUUCUUCCACCCUCCCCCGCUUUUCUUGGUUGUACGCAGGCGGGGAAAAGGCAAGCCUGUGAAGUGAAAACUGAUGAUCAUCAUCAUGUGCAGAGGGGAGGGGGGAGGAUCUUGUGCUUUUGGUUUUGCUUUAUUGAUGUGGGGUUCGGCUGUGGAUGAUGGCCACGUGUCCCCACGGAUCUUGCUGCCGUGCAUUUAGAACCAAAGUUAUAAUUAUUAUGUUAUGUGUGUAGGCUUCUGCUUCUUCCCACCACUACCAUGAUGGUUAGGCAUGUCAUCACACAAUCAUACGUCCCUUAGUGCGUUGCCUCCCCCCCUCCCCAGUCCCCUGUUUGUGCCCUUUUUUUUCUUUUUUCUUUUUUUGUUUCAUGAGUAGAAUCCCUAACCAUUAUUAUUAUUAUUAUAAAUAAAUUUUUUGUAGUAAACUUUUAGUUGGUAUAUUUGUAAUCUGAGCUAAUACAUAUGUAAAUAACAAUCACCCAAGUUUUAAUUCUUUUUUUAAAGUAGUUAUUAGUUAUACAUUAUGGUACACAAUUAAUAAUAAUAAUAAUAAUAAUAAUACGGGGCCAGGCGCACAUCUAUAUCUACAUGGAAUAGGAAGAAGGGAUGGUGACAACACUAAGCAAGUAAAAUGUCAAAAAAAUUGUCAUGUUAUUUGACUCUCAACUACUGAGGUUAGUGUGUGUGUGGAAAAACCCACCCUUUUACGUGUCAUAGUGAAACACGGAGGGAUCCCUCUUCCCUUCACUCUCAUAAUAAAACCAGGGGAUUGGGGGAUUUUAUCCCCCAGCCCAACUGGUGGUCCACACUUCAAACAGGGGCUGCUUGCUUAUUCCAUUUUCAAAAAAACACCUGCACAAAUAUCUAAUAAAAUAAAGAAUGGAGAUAACAAAAAAGGGGAGGGGGCCAUCAGGUAUGUUAGGUAGGCAUGGGAUUGGGAUAUACAUAUAUGUAUAGCGUGUCUGGCAUGGCAUGAGACAUGCAUGAUGGGGGAGGCGGCACGCCCACCCCCCAUCCCAAAUGCAUUAUGCAUCAUUAAAAAUGGUAGGCAUUAGGCAAGGCACCAAACCAUUGUUGAAAUAAUAAUAGUAGUAAUAGUAAUAGUAAUAUUGUAGUAGAGGGGGGGUUGCUUAAUUUAACGAUUUGGUUGGCAAUUGGCAUCAUUAUCAUUGUGUUUCCUCACUUCACUUGAUUUUGUCCUUCAAUUUGCCUUGGGAAUAAUAAUUAUGUGAUUCAAUCAACCCAUAUUUGUUGUUUUACACACCAAGUUAUUAUGUUUUGAUUGCACUAAUAAUUGUUUUCAAAUAAUUUUUACCCUUUUAUUUUUUUGUUAAUUUGGGUAUUUUUUUGGACACUCAAAAUCAAGGUAUGUUUUCUCUCUCUUUCUCUCUCUCUCUCUUUUUGGGGUUUAGGUAUGUUAUCAUAAUUAUUUUUUUAUUUAAUGAAUUAAAUAUAGAAUUUAAGAGACAAAUUGAUAAAUUUGAAAUGUUUUUUUUUUAUAUAAAUAAAUUAGAGAGAGAGAGAGAGAGAGAGAAUGUUUUAAAGCUAUUUACCCAAUUGAGAAAGAAAAAAACAAAACAAAACAAAACAUUGUUAAUUAUUAGGAGGAAUUAGUGAUAUUCAAAGUAGUAGUAGUAGGAGGAGGAGGAGGAGAAAGAUUUGAUUAAGGAUGAUAAUUGGAGGCGCCUUGUAGUUGUCUCCCAUCCCAUUGGUGUUGGUGGUCAAUGGCAAUGCUGAGGUUGUUAUGAUCUUCUUCUUAAGAACAAAAGAAA